CGUUAGAAGAAAAGACACGUGGCGGAAGGAAAUUGGAAUAGUAGGAAGGAGAGAAGUGGUGGUGGGACCCAGAUGCUCACGUGUAUAUGUAUAGACAGGGCAAAUCUGGGAAUCGGUAGCCAUGGUCGAAUCACUUCCCGGAUCUCAUCACUUCAACCACAUUCACAUUCAUAACCCUCUCAAUUUCGAACAUUCUACACUCUCAAAUCAAACAUUUCAAAACAAUUAUUCCAUUUCCUCAUAACAUUUACUCUUCCAAUUCCAUUUUUUUUAACCUCAUUCUCACUCAUUGUUAUAUUUUAAGCAAAACAAAACAGUUAUAGCUCGUAAAAGAAAGAGGAAGAGUAUUUGGAAGUUAGUUACACUUACACAUUGCAUUGUACUUGAUUUGUCAAUGUUACUAAUUUAAUUUAAUUUAAUUUAAUGGCGGCGAGUUCUAGAGGCUUCUUCGAUUUCAAGCUCAGAGUAACGCCGCAACUCAAUCACUUCCCGGAGUUAUGCCGGAGAAAGCGAAGAAAGCUGUGCUUCGAUGCUCAACGAGUUCCACUCGGUAAUCUCAAAUUUCAUUGCUGUUGUUCCGACUCUGUUACUCCAAUUCGAAGAACCAGUGGAGCAGGCAACGGCGGUGACAAAAUUGAGGAACGGAGAUUCGAUCCAAAGAAAAAUUCUCACAUUCAUAGAGUUAGGACUCAAGCUACUCCUCCUGCUGCAAUGCCUUUCGCUUCUCCACCGUCCAUUCUGAAGCAGGAAAAAUUCUUUCCUCGUUGCACACCGAGAAAUUCCGGUCCUCAGUCACGUGACACCCCACCAAAAAGAGACACUGGUAUAGCAAAUGAGAAGGACUGGGGUAUCAGUCUGUUAAAUGAAAAUGUUAAUGAGUCCGGCACUAAUGAAGAUGGGAGUACAUGGUACAGAGAAAACGGGGAAGAGCUGGGUGAAAACGGGUAUAGAUGUAGAUGGACAAGAAUGGGUGGUCAAUCCCAUGAUGGUUCCUCGCAAUGGAAAGAAACGUGGUGGGAGAAGAGCGACUGGACUGGAUAUAAGGAGCUAGGUGUGGAGAAAUCCGGCAGAAAUUCUGAAGGGGAUUCUUGGUGGGAAACAUGGCAAGAAAAUCUUCAUCAAGAUGAAUGGAGUAACAUAGCAAGAAUAGAGAGGAGUGCACAAAAACAAGCAAAAUCAGGAACCGAAAAUGCUGGGUGGUAUGAGAAAUGGUGGGAAAAAUAUGAUGCUAAAGGCUGGACUGAAAAGGGGGCACACAAGUAUGGUAGACUGAAUGAACAAUCCUGGUGGGAAAAGUGGGGAGAGAAUUAUGACGGAAGAGGGUCUGUUCUCAAAUGGACAGAUAAAUGGGCCGAAACUGAACUUGGAACAAAAUGGGGAGACAAGUGGGAGGAGCGGUUCUUUAAAGGCAUAGGUUCGCGUCAUGGGGAAACUUGGCAUGUAUCUCCUAGCAGUGAACGUUGGUCAAGAACUUGGGGAGAAGAGCACUUUGGAAAUGGGAAAGUCCAUAAGUAUGGAAAUAGCACCACUGGUGAGAGCUGGGAUAUAGUUGUAGAUGAAGAUACAUAUUAUGAGGCCGAACCUCAUUAUGGAUGGGCGGAUGUGGUGGGUGAUUCAAGCCAAUUACUCUCAAUUGAGCAUUUGGAGAGGCCACCUGGUGUCUUCCCCAAUUUAGAUUUUGUUUCACCUCCAUCACCAAAAGCAGAUGACUUGCCAGAUGAUUUGCCCUCAUCACAGUGAAAAUUUGAUGUACAAUCACCAUCGUCUAUUUUGUUUAAUUUUAGAGUAAUCAUAUCAUUAAGGGGAACUCCUUUUUUGAAAGAUAUAUAUUGUAGAUUAAUCAUUUUAUUCAUUCUUUCCAUCGUAA